AUGUCUUCUUCUAAUAAUGAAGAAUCUACUUCAACUUUUAGUUUUGAAAAACCUAGUAGCAAUAAACAACAAAAAAAAAAAAAAGCUCAAUUAGUAUUCAAAAAAGUAGAAGCAUUGGUCAAGAUUUAUUGGUAUUAUACAACAUAUGCCAAAGAAGUGAUUUCUUAUAUUAAUUAUAAGCUUACUUUAGAAGAUGUGUUGUUU